GUCACGGAAAAAAGAAGAGCAGGAUCAGGCAGUAACUUUCAAAUCACCAAUUCUUCUCAUCACCUCCAUCUCCAGCAACAAUGGAGAACUACUACUACUCUACUUUGUCGCCAGCUAUGGACAUCGGCGCUGGGGUUUAUCUCCUAUUUAUAACUAUACUCUCUGUCAUGGGCAACGUGCUGGUCCUCGUUACGGCUUUCAAAAGGUCCUCGCGGAUGAAGCCGCCCGAGCUCCUUAGUGUCAACCUGGCUGUGACGGACCUGGGGGCGGCGGUCACCAUGUACCCGCUCGCAGUGGCGUCUGCCUGGAGCCAUCACUGGCUGGGAGGCGACAUCACCUGCGUCUACUACGGCCUGGCGGGUUUCUUCUUCGGGGUGGCCAGCAUCAUGAACCUGAUGCUCUUGGCUAUCGUGCGCUUCAUUGUGUCCCUCAACCUGCAGUCUCCCAAAGGUAAGCUCGGCUGGAGACACGUGAAGCUGAUGUGUUUGUGGUCGUGGUUUUACGCGCUGCUGUGGGCGCUGCUGCCCAUUCUGGGGGUGGGCCGCUACGGGCCAGAGCCCUUCGGCCUGUCCUGCACUCUGGCGUGGGGCCACAUGAGGCACGAGGAUUUCUCCUUCGUCAUCGCCAUGUUCUUCUUCAACCUGGCACUGCCCACCACCGUCAUCGUGUGCUGCUACUUCGGCAUCACCAUCAAGCUCUAUGUCACCUACAAGAAGUCGUUCAACCACACCCAGCGCCUAACCAAGACCAUCAAGCUGCACCGCAGGCUGCUAACGAUCGCCAUCCUGAUCAGUUUGGGCUUCAUAGGCUGCUGGUCGCCGUACGGCCUGGUGAGCCUGUGGUCCAUCUUCCGCGACAGCAGCUCCAUCCCGCCCGAGGUCAGCCUACUGCCGUGCAUGUUCGCCAAGAGCUCCACCGUGUACAACCCCAUUAUCUACUACGUAUUCAGCAAGAGCUUCAAGCAGGAGGUCAAGCAGUUGAUUUGUAGCUGCCCCGCCUUCUCCAACCCGUGCAAGGUCAACAACAGCAUCAACGACAACAGCGUCUACACGGCCAACAUGGUGGACAAACAGGCCACGGAGGAGGAGGCGACUUACCUGGGAUCCAGGGCGGCAUCGCUGGUUUAAAACUGACAUGAAGACUAUUUUCCAGACGUGUUGUUGCAUGGAUGGGCCAGUAAAAAAAGUGAAACUAUAACCAAGGUGUCCAUAAUCAUGAAGACCUCGAACAGGAAGUUUGAAGGAUUAAUUUAUUUUUAUAUCACUGCUUCGGAUGCAGGACCUUUUAGUGUUUCCAAGCGGGAUUACCUUGCUGGGGUAGAAAACGAGGUGUUUUGUGGCUAUAUUUUGAAAUAUCCAGCUUGGUUUGAUGAUGGCAAAAACAAUAUUAAAUACAAUUUUUGCAAGCAUCCAAAGCCAACAUGGAGGAUUUCUUUGACAACGACCGACACUGAGGUGCAGACACAACUUCUGACGUGAUUUAUGAAAAUUAGAAGAACUGUAGAGCUUUGACUGCAUCCCCAGCAGUCCUGCCACUCCACGCUGAUUGAUUUGUGUGGCUGGGUAUAUUUAUGUGUUUUUUCAUUGUUUGGGAUGACACAGAAGUCUAUUUUGUAAGUGUGUAUUGUUGAAUGUAAAAUACUCAGCUUCAGACGUUGUCUAAUUUAUCACAACUCUUAAUUCUUUUACUAACUGGUUAAAACGGCGACGACUUGUGUGUCACUUAAACAAAUGCAUUAUUCUUUAUUACUAAUUGUGCGUUCCAUUUGUACUCAAAAGUCGGAAUUUGCGAGUUCCUAGUCGAAAAUUUCAAUUGGAAAGCCCCUCAAAGUCGAAUUUUUUACCCGGAAAGUCAAAGAACUCCUCACCACCCUCAAGUUCCCUCCAGAUUCAUACAAACCCCGUUUCCAUAUGAGUUGGGGAAAUUGUGUUGGAUGUAAAUAUAAACAGAAUACAAUGAUUUGCAAAUCAUUUUCAACCCAUAUUCAGUUGAAUAUGCUACAAAAACAACAUAUUUGAUGUUCAAACUGAUAAAAAAAAAUUUUUUUUUGCAAAUAAUCAUAACUUUUGAAUUUGACGCCAGCAACACGUGACAAAGAAGUUGGAAAAGAUUUGCAAUUAAUACUGAAAAAGUUGAGGAAUGCUCAUCAAACACUUAUUUGGAACAUCCCACAGGUGUGCAGGCUAAUUGGGAACAGGUGGGUGCCAUGAUUGGGUAUAAAAUCAGCUACCCAAAAAAUGCUCAGUCUUUCACAAGAAAGAAUGGGGCCAGGUACACCCCUUUGUCCACAACUGUGUGAGCAAAUAGUCAAACAGUUUAAGAACAACUUUUCUCAAAGUGCAAUUGCAAGAAAUUUUGGCAAAUCAACAUCUACGGUCCAUAAUAUCAUCAAAAGGUUCAGAUAAUCUGAAGAAAUCACUCCACGUAAGCUGCAUGGCCGGAAACCAACAUUGAAUGACCGUGACCUUCGAUACCUCAGACGGCACUGUGUCAAAAACCAAUAUCUAAAAGAUAUCACCACGUGGGCUCAGCAACAACGUUCUCUCUAAGGUGCGCGCUUGUGCAAACUGCACACUGCUCACGCGUCCUCUGCGCCCGGAAAAUCCAGGCCGCACAAAAAAUCGAAUAAUGCUCAAGCAGUUUUGGCGUUUGCUCACACAUAUGAAAAUUUGGAGGGAAAAUUGCUCAGGAAAACUUCAGAAAACCACUGUCACUAAAUACAGUUUGUCGCUACAUCUGUAAGUGCAAGGUAAAGCUCUACUAUGCAAAGCGAAAGCCAUUUAUCAACAACAUCCAGAAACGCCGCCGGCUUUUCUGGAUGGACUGAUGCAAAGUGGAAAAGUGUUCUGUGGUCUGACAAGUCCACAUUUCAAAUUGUUUUUGGAAAUAUUCGACAUCUUGUCAUCCGGACCAAAGGGGAAGCGACCCAUCCAGACAGUUAUCGACGCAAAGUUCAAAAGCCAGCAUCUGUGAUGGUAUGGGGGUGCAUUAGUGCCCAACGCUUUGGUAACUUAUACAUCUGUGAAGGCACCAUUAAUGCUGAAAGGUCCAUACAGGUUUUGGAGUAACAUAUGUUGUCAUCCAAGCAACGUUAUCAUGGACGCACCUGCUUAUUUCAGCAAGACAAGUGUUACAACAGUGUGGCUUCGUAAAAAAAGACUGCAGGUACUUUUUCGGCCCACCUGCAGUCCAGACCUGUCUCCCUUCGAAAAUGUGUGGCGCAUUAUGACGCGUAAAGUACGACAGCGGAGACCCCGGACUGUUGAACGACUGAAGCUCUACAUAAAACAAGAAUGAGAAAGAAAUCCCCUUUCAAAGCUUCAACAAUUAGUUUCCUCAGUUCCCAAAAGUUUAUUGAGUGUUGUUAAAAGAAAAGGUGAUGUAACACAGUGGUGAACAUUUCCUUUCCCAAUUACUUUGGCACGUGUUGCAGCCAUGAAAUUCUGAGUUAAUUAUUUAUGAAAAAAAAAAUAAAGUUUAUGAGUUUGAACAUCAAA